AUGGUGGGCAUUGCUUCAUUAAAUUUUUCGAAGGUAAAGAGUGAAGGGAGAAUACAUGAACAUCAGCAGAAGGAAAGAUGGUCCAGACCUCCACCGGAAAUCUUGAAAAUCAACACUGAUGGUGCCUUCCUGAAGGAAUCAAAUUCUGGAGGUUGGGGCUUUGUUAUCAGGAACAAUUUUGGUACGGUAAUAGCAGCUGGAGCAGGGAAUUUGGAGCAAGUCUCGGAUGCCCUUCAUUGGGAGGCGUUGGCAAUGUUGCAUGCUGUUAACACAGCCAUCCAGAUGGGUUGCCACCGAGUGAUUGUGGAAACUGACUCCGUGCAACUGAAGAUAGCGGUGAGCAAUGAAGACUACGACCUUUUUGCAUUAGGAGCUAUCUUCAAAGAUAUUAAGUUUCAACUGAGAGUGGGUUUCAGUGAUGUAACUGUUGUAUCUUGUCCUCGGACUUGUAAUUUAGUUGCACAUUGUUUAGCUGCGUAUGGUGCUAAAUUAGAAGUGGGCAAAUGCGAGAUUUGGCUCGGCCAGUAUCCAGACCUUGUAAAUGAUGCUGUUGCUGGCGACUUGUCGAGCCCUUGUACUUAA